AUGAACCCGUCCGAGACCACGUUGAGCGAUGCGGAGCGGUACUCGAUCUGGUGUGAGGAAGUGCGGGCCCUCUUCUCCCCCACUGGCACAGGCGAAGAGGACGACGCGGCUGCAACGGAAGCUGAUCGCCCGCAGGAGUGGGGGAGGGCCGAGGACGGUGGAGAGUUCCCAUACUGUUUCUACAUGCGCAUGCUCAGCGGUGGGUCGAAGGAGGCGGUGACGCACGGCAUGCCAGACGCACAUCGGAGCUGCAGUAGUGGCAUUGGCAGUGUCAAUGGCGGUGGUCGCAGUGACUGCUGCUCAUCCACCUCUCAGCACAAGGGGCGACAGAUACUCAUAGAUGAAGACGCGUUAGCAGCACGAGUUGCCGCCAAGCUAAAUGCGCAUGCCCGCAAGCUUCGACGGAAACAUGAGGAGAAUCGCGCUGAGGUGCGGCAGGUUGCCGACAAUCUGUGGAACUUCCGUGAUGGAAGGGUGGAGGCAGUAGCGUCCAAAGUGAAUGAGGAACUUCACGAACUGCUCAUGUACGUGCGACGUCGAAACUUGUUGGCGGAGCAGUUGCGUCGACAGUUAGUGCAAACCAAACAGCUUCUCCUUCAGCAAAAAGAGAAGCCGUGA